UGUCCGGGGGGAGGUAAGGAAGGCUAAUCUUAAUGACUGACAACUUCGUUCACAAAAAUUUUCCCCAAAAGUGGAGCAUUUAUGUAAAAACUUUAUCUGCAAUUUGUGCAAGUUUCGUUCGAUUCAAUCGAUUGGGGGAACUGGCAAACAGCCUUUGAUUACUACGCCUAUUGCGAAUACCGAAUGGUAGUCAAUGAACGUCGCUGUUUUCUUUCCAAGCUGCAAUAUUAGUAUACCUCAAUCAAACGCACCAAGAACUCGUUGGUAGAGCCCCAAAACGGGGUGAAGACCAUUACAUCGAUCGAACUACCCGCCAGCAAAGCAGUGGUGGAAUGUUGUACGUUCCCGACGAACGAGCUGUUUCAUGUCUGUUUUCCCCCAUUUUCUUUCCCCGUUGGUAUUCAUUUCCAUUUUCAUUGAUAAGUAAUGCUCCAAGACCAAGACCACUAACGACCGUACCGCAGACCAUUGGGACUAGUUUGAAAGGAAGGGUUCACCUCGUUUCGUGCUAUUUACUUACAUUAUCUGCCUGACAAUGCUCGCAACACUGCAGCCAAAACAGGUAGUGUGGCGCGUGCUACAUUUAUUUUUUUGGGGAGGACGUAUAGUAAGUCUCACGCCGAGGCAUGUUACACUACAUCCGCAAGCAAAGCGUUUCAUGUCGUGGUUUUUGGGGGGGAGAUGUAGGCGUAUGGGAUGUGAAGGGAUGUGAAGGGAGGAGAGUAUUUCGUUUCGUUCGUUGUACUCAAAUUUGGAAACAGCGCACCAGAGUUCGUAGGACCUUCCGUAGGCUAGUGGUUGUUUGUUUUCGGUGCGUUAAGGACGUUAAAGAGAGCUUGUGCUGGAUGCAGAAUUGUGGAGAAGUUUUAUUUUAAAAACAAAAAUUGUGCUUGUAAUGUAAUUAAUAGCUUAAGUAAAUAUGUGAUCGCGUUGUCGGUUUCAAGUGUAAUGAUCAUGGAGUACCUGAACCCAGCAGUGUAAACUGGAAAAUACUAUCAACGACAACUAGACGCCUACUAGGAAAACCUCUUUAUGUGGAUCGUCUAAACACAUCCCAGGCAUGUUUCAAAAUGUCUUUAGAUUCGACAAAGCUUUUCCAAACCUUCCAAAGUCACCAGGACAUUAAACAGUACCUGGAAAAUCUAGUGCAACGUUAUUCUAGCAAAAUUGAAAUCUUUUCCCGUGCUGAAUCGUACGAGGGACGAGAAAUACUCACCGUGCGCAUCUGUACGGACGUACAACGAAAGCACCAAUCUUCAAAUCGCUGGUGCAUACUAAUUGAUGCCGGAAUACAUGCCCGGGAAUGGAUUACCGUUUCGGUAGCGCUGUUUAUCGUUCAGCAGCUGCUCGAAAAGGACGAAAUUAGUGAUAAAAGUUUCCGACGUUUCGAGUGGAUUAUACUGCCCCUGCUAAACCCGGACGGGUACGAGUACAGCCGUGAGCAUAAUAAAAUGUGGCGCAAAACGCGUAGACCGCUCGGGCCAAGAAACCAUCGGAGAUGUGUCGGUGUUGAUUGUAAUCGAAACUUUAACGUAGCCUGGACCAUCGGCAGUACUCGGUUCUGUUCGUUGCUGUACCGCGGUGAAAGGCCAUUUUCCGAGCGGGAAACCAAGAACGUGCGUGAUCUUUUUCGCAAACUACGACCCGCGUGCAAAUUCUACCUUUCGCUACACUCGUACGCUAAAGCAAUUCUUUAUCCGCGUGCCUACACGAGAACACUGCCACGGAACUGGCAGAUGCAGCAUACGGUCGCCGAGGCUGGUGUAGAAGCGAUGAAGAAAGCGACCGGUGUGCGGUACCGCUGUGGCAGUGCUUCGACCGUGCUGAACCAACCGGUCGGUGGAUCCAGCAUUGAUUAUGCGCACGACAUCGAGAAGGUACCGGUGGCAAUCGUUAUGGAAGUGGCGUCGAAAGGUUUUCACCCACCGGAAGCAAACAUACAGCGAAUUUGUGAAGAGAGUUGGAUCGGUAUCGGUGCCAUGGUUAACUGUCUCGCGGCCAGUUUCCGUUCCGUGCUGAAGGGCAGCGGUACGUUACAUCUGCGCUGAGCUAAAUGAAAAUGAUAGCGC